AUGGAAGAACCAAACGCUACCAGAGAUAAAACCGGAUGGAAAAGUUAUGGUUCAAGUCAAACUAUUGGAAUACCUGAACUGGAACCGGAAGUUGACCCUACCGUCAGCAAAAACUCGAAAAUGGAAGCUGUAAAAAGGACAAUUAAAAACAACUUAUUGUUAAUUUUUCUUAUUAUUUCCAUGGGAAUCGGUAUUGGCCUUGGAGCAGGGCUCCGUUAUGUCGACCCUCCUUUUACCAAAAGACAGAUAAUGUAUCUCCGUUUCCCUGGCGAUUUAUUAAUGAACAUGCUUCAAAUGUUGAUUCUUCCGCUAAUUGUGUCCAGUCUGGUGUCCGGGCUGGCUUCACUGGACACACGGUCAUCUGGCAGGAUUGGCCUGAGGGCAGUAGUGUAUUACUUGACCACUACUCUUGCUGCUGUGGUUCUUGGUAUCAUACUGACCGUCGCUAUCCAACCAGGCACUAAAGGAGGGGAUGUCGAACCUUCUGGCGAAUCCAAGAUCGUUGAACCUGCAGAUACCUUUCUCGAUCUGCUACGGCAGGCGUUCCCCAGUAACUUGAUAGAAGCAUGUUUCAGCAAGCCUGUUACUGAGCAAGUUCUGAAGGUUGAAGAAAACAUCAACGGAAGUAAUGUUAAUGCUACCGCUGUUUACGAUCCAGUGGUUGAAAUGAAAUCAGGGAUGAAUGUUCUUGGUAUUGUUGUCUUCUCCAUCUUCUUCGGUAUCAUCAUCGGUCGGCUGGGUAGUAAAGGAAAGCCCCUAGUUGCUUUGUUUGAGUCUCUAUGUGAAGCUACGAUGGUUCUUAUCAAGCUGGUUAUAUGGUACUCUCCCUUAGGUAUCAUAUUUCUAGUGGCAGCGAAAAUUGUGGAGAUGGAAGAUCCAGCAAAAACUUUCCAACAGCUUCUGUACUACUUCAUCACCGUUAUGGCUGGUCUUAUAAUCCACGGCUUUAUAACACUUCCUGUGAUUUACUUUACAAUUGUUAGAAAAAAUCCCUUCAGGUUUAUAUACGGUGUCACUCAAGCCAUUGUCACAGCUAUUGGAACGUCGUCAAGCUCUGCUACACUUCCUGUUACAAUGAAAAACCUAGAGGAAAAUAACGGCGUCGACCCCCGUGUAAUAAAAUUUGUAGCCCCCGUGGGAGCGACCAUCAACAUGGACGGAACGGCUCUAUACGAAGCUGUAGCUGUACUUUUCAUUGGACAAAUCAGGGGCUUUGAAAUGGAUAUUGGACGAAUAAUUACUGUCAGUAUCACUGCCACUGCUGCCGCUAUCGGGGCUGCAGGAGUGCCACAGGCAGGCCUUGUUACCAUGGUUAUAGUCCUCACAGCAGUUGGCUUUCCCACUGAUGACGUCACCUUGAUUAUUGCUAUUGAUUGGUUAUUGGACCGUUUUCGGACAGCGGUGAAUGUCAUGGGAGAUGCCAUUGGUGCGGGGAUAGUAGAUCACUUAUCGAAGAAGGAGAUGAGAAAAAUGGACCUUCUAGAUUCUGUGGAAGAUACUGAAAACGGAGUUUCAAAUAUUGCUUACGAAGAAGCAGAUAUCAAAAUGUAG